AUGUCUUCAUCCAUUAUAAGAAGCACGUUCGAUAAAACAGAGGACAGAUAUACGUCAAAUCGCCAACUUAAAAGGGCGCCCGAACAGUAUUGUAAUCGCUCAAGUGCUGGAAACUCUGCAGUUGGGAGCCCUGAAAACAGUUUAUCUCAGGGCCACAGAGUGCUCAGUGCAGAACAUCUUUAUAAAAAUUAUGCAAUUACUGAUAAAAAUUCUUCGUUAAAUCCUGGACCUUUGAAUGGACCCUUUAUAACUGCUCCUGUGAUACCUGCUUUUCUCAGCAAUGGUUCAAAUAAAUCGCUCACUGUUUGUUUGACCAAUCCUGCAGGAGUCCAAAUGACUUCUCUUGUUGCUGAAGAUGAUAAGUUGACUGAUAUUCCCCUUUAUCCAAGUCAUAUCCAAAUGAAUUCUGUCCAGCAAGGACCGCAUCUCGCUCUGCUUUCUCCUUGCCAGGAUAGAAAGGCAAUUUCGACCGUUAAGCUUGCUUCACAUAAUGAAGUAGAUAAAGCCACAGACAUCCCCACCAAUGAAUAUUCUUAUAAUUAUUUAUUUCGGCAAAAAACAUCCUUACCAACCGUAGCCGAUGGUUUAUCCAGUGGCAGUGAACUAGAGUCUCCUUCACCUUCGCCUGGCUGCUCUCGUCGAGUUCACUAUACAGAUUCAGAAAAUAAGCUGACACUGAAUCUUGAUAAGAUUAGACGGCAUAAAAAUAAUCUUUUUCCACCUGGACCUAGAUUUGCUUCUGAGUGUCGAUUAGAUAGUUUACAAACUAUUAUUAAUGAUGACAACAUUCUUAUGAGUUCUGCUCUUGUCAAGGCUCUCACAGAAGAGAUACGAGACAUCAAGCGCACUCUUAAUGCCGCCAACCUUUCAUCCUGUUUGUCAAGUUUUCCUGGAGAUAUAGUACCUCUCACAUUUUCUUCAUUGCCGCCACCAAGCCUCACUUCAUUCCUACGUGGGUCUGGUAGUUUGUCCCAAAUAUUUACUCCCAAUCACACUAACCGGUCUCCAAUCGAGCUUGAUCUCAAUACAAUGUGA